GCUCAACGGCCAGGCCAGAUCACUAAACAAUCUUUGUCUGAAACACCUGAAAUUGUAGAUGACUUUCUUUGUAAUUUUUUAAUCAGAAUGGGAAUGAACAGGACAUUGGACUGCUUUCAGACUGAAUGGUAUGAAUUGAUGCAGAGAGGUGUGCUUGAACCUAAAGAUGUUGGAUUUGUUCCAGAUGCCUAUACUUGCAAUCAGCAUUUGGAGAGAGAAAAUAUAUAUUUGAAGAAAGAAAUGGAGAACUAUAAAUUUGCAGCUAACAAAGCUAAAGAUGCGCUGCUAAAAAUGCAGAGAGAGCGUGACUUCCAUAGAAUGCAUCAUAAGAGGGUAGUCCAGGAAAAGAACAGACUCAUUAAUGACAUUAAAAG